AUGGGUUACUCGCCGCUAGCAAAGGAAUUACUGAAGGUUUCUCUCGAAGAGAGUGUAACCAUCAGGUUCAGCAAGUCGAGUCAACCAGGCCCAGCAUCAAGCGAUACAGCGUCGACACCGCAGGCCACGCAAGACACGCCGCCGGGCUCCCCCGAGUCACAUACGCCAGGAGAAAACAUCAGCGGUGUAGACCAUCGAGUCUUCCACGAGCUCAACAAAGUCCAAGACAGCGCUUUGCUACUCCGAGCAAUAAGAAAGCACCAACGCGACGCCGAAGCCCUCAUGAAAAGUCUGGCCGAGCACGACCCAACGAUGCUCGAAGACAUCGAGGCGUCUCUCAGACGCAACCACCGCUUCUGCCAAACGACCAAUAAGUGGCCUGCUGAGUGCCAACAGUUCAGAGGGGUGGUUACCAGAAUGGUCCAGCGUUACGUCUCAGACGCCUCACAUCUCAACAGGGAAAACAUUCUCGCAGGAGUCACGCAACACCACUGCUACGUCCACGUCUGGGACAAGAUGAAGGAAAUCAUGCUACUCAAGGCCGAGCCUGGCCAGCUGAUCACGAAUCAGAUGCGUGCGCUGUCCAAGGCGCUCUACUUCAGCUGCACGCCCACCUUCAGCCAUCUCUGGGCCGAGCAAAGACAUCCGAACAGGCAACAAGGACCCAGCCUGUUCGAUCACAGGCGAACUUGCGCCUGUCGUAAUGGUCUGACCCUCAAAAACCGCGAACCUGAGGCCGAAUCUCCUCGCAAAAAAACCGCCGCCGACAAAAACCUUAAAACCGCCAAACUGCCAUCCGGGUUGUCCACGGAGCUUUUCCCGCCACAGCAGCGACCGGCGUCUGAGCAUGUUAUCAUACCAAACGCGCCCUCAAAAAGCACGAAAAGACCGCACCGAGUCAAGUCAACCGUUCAGGCCGCUAUCUGGAAAUGA